AUUGAAUACAGAUCUCGCGAUACUACCGCAGUUGAUGGCUGCAGGUUAGGAGGAACUGUUGGAACGCGUACUGGCUUGACGGUGUUUAUCUCUACACACAUGGACCGAAAAUGGCAGCUGUGAUUCCUAUUCAAUGAAAUACAAGUGCAUUAUAAUAUUCUCUUUUCCACCGUACGGACGGACUGUGAAAUGGAGGCCGGUGAAGGUCUGAGUAGUGCCACGCCCACAGAUGAGAUGAAUGGAGCUGGCACCUUGAUGGACUUCCUGGAGGAGCCCUUCCCUGACGUGGCUACUUAUGAAGACUUCCACACCAUCGACUGGCUGAGGGAGAAGUCAAGAGAUACUGACCGUCACCGCAAGAUCACAAGCAAGAGUAAAGAAUCCAUAUGGGAGCUGAUCAAGAGCCUGCUGGAUGCCUGGUCAGGAUGGGUGGUGAUGCUACUGAUUGGACUCCUCUCAGGUACGUUGGCCGGUGUCAUCGACCUGGCGGUGGACUGGAUGACGGACCUGAAAGAAGGUGUGUGUCUGUCCGCCUUCUGGUACAGCCACGAGCAGUGCUGCUGGACGUCCAACGAGACGACCUUUGACGACCGUGACAAGUGUCCGCAGUGGCAGAAGUGGGCUGAGUUGAUGACAGGCCAUUCUGAGGGAGCGGGAGCAUAUGUGCUAAACUACUUGCUGUACGUCCUUUGGGCUCUUUCCUUCUCCUUCCUGGCUGUGUCACUGGUGCGAGUGUUUGCGCCGUAUGCUUGCGGCUCAGGAAUCCCGGAGAUCAAAACCAUCCUCAGUGGCUUCAUUAUCCGUGGUUACCUGGGAAAAUGGACGCUGCUCAUCAAGACGGUCACGCUGGUUCUAGCCGUGUCGUCGGGCCUCAGCCUCGGGAAGGAGGGUCCUCUGGUCCAUGUUGCAUGUUGCUGUGGGAACCUCUUCUGCAGCCUCUUCUCCAAGUACAGCAAGAACGAGGGCAAACGGCGAGAGGUGUUAUCGGCUGCAGCGGCGGCUGGCGUGUCGGUGGCUUUUGGUGCACCCAUCGGAGGGGUUCUCUUCAGCCUGGAAGAGGUCAGCUACUACUUCCCUCUCAAGACUUUAUGGCGUUCCUUCUUUGCCGCUUUGGUUGCUGCUUUUACGCUGCGCUCCAUCAACCCGUUUGGCAACAGCCGCCUGGUGCUGUUUUACGUGGAGUACCACACUCCCUGGUACAUGGCCGAGCUGGUGCCCUUCAUCCUGUUAGGCGUCUUCGGCGGCCUUUGGGGGACCCUCUUCAUCCGAGCCAACAUCGCCUGGUGUCGACGGAGGAAGAUGACCCAGCUGGGCAAGUAUCCGGUCCUGGAGGUCAUCGCGGUGACGGCUAUAACUGCCGUUCUGGCGUAUCCCAACCCGUACACCCGGCGCAGCACCAGCGAGCUCAUCUCUGAGCUCUUCAACGACUGUGGAGCAUUAGAGUCGUCGCAGCUCUGCGACUACAUCAACAACCCCAACAUGAGCCGACCUGUGGACGAUAUUCCCGACCGCCCAGCUGGCCCCGGCGUUUAUAAUGCUCUGUGGCAGCUGGCGCUCGCUCUCGUCUUUAAAAUCGUCAUUACCAUCUUCACCUUCGGCAUGAAGAUCCCGUCAGGCCUCUUCAUUCCCAGCAUGGCAGUGGGCGCCAUCGCAGGGCGGAUUGUGGGCAUUGCAGUGGAACAGAUGGCGUAUCACCAUCACGACUGGAUCAUCUUCAAAAACUGGUGCCGGCCUGGCGCUGACUGCGUCACACCUGGACUCUACGCCAUGGUGGGCGCCGCCGCCUGUCUGGGCGGUGUGACCAGGAUGACUGUGUCAUUGGUGGUCAUCAUGUUCGAGCUGACCGGUGGUCUCGAGUACAUCGUCCCGCUAAUGGCAGCCGCUGUCACCAGCAAGUGGGUGGCGGAUGCCUUCGGGAAAGAGGGCAUCUACGAGUCGCACAUCCAGCUCAAUGGGUACCCGUACCUGGAUGUCAGGGAUGAGUUCACGCAUCGCACCCUGGCCGCUGAUGUUAUGAGACCCCGUAGGAAUGACCCACCGCUGGCCGUCCUCACGCAGGAUGCCACCACUGUGGAGGAUGUGGAGAUGUUGAUCAAAGACACGGAUUAUAACGGCUUCCCGGUGGUUGUGUCCCGAGAUUCGGAGAGGCUCAUCGGCUUUGUGCAGCGCAGAGACCUCACGCUUGCCAUCAAAAAUGCUCGUCAGAAACAAGAUGGCGUGGUGAGCAGCUCAGUCGUGUACUUCACCGAAGACGUGCCGCAGCUGCCAGCAAGCACACCGCAGGCUUUGAAGCUUCGCCGCAUCCUCAACCUUAGCCCCUUCACCGUCACUGACCACACGCCUAUGGAGACGGUAGUGGACAUAUUCCGCAAGCUGGGUCUGCGCCAGUGUCUGGUGACACGGAGCGGGCGUCUGCUUGGGAUCAUCACCAAGAAGGACGUUCUGCGUCACAUGGCGCAAAUGAUGAACCAGGAUCCUGAGUCCAUCAUGUUCAAUUAGCCUCGUGACCUUCUGUGAGAAGCCCCUCACACGUGGACAGGCCAGCCUCAACUUGUGUUGUGACUGUCUACCCGCAUCGCUCAACAUGUUCCACAUGCCGUGAGUCAGUUAUUGGUGGUGUCGUACCUUGACUUACGAGUGCGCCAGCUUCCGAGUAUUCCAAGUUAUGAGCUGUCCCUCUGUUGUUGUUUUUUUUUCUUUGUGUUGUAAGCUAAAACUUGAGGUACUAAUGGCGGCAGCGAACGCCACAACAUCCGCCCAGCAUCCUAUAAAUAGUGGUGCCUUGAGAUACGAGUGACCCAACUUAAGGUUUUUUUUUUUUGCUUUUGCUUUUGCUUGUGCUUUUGCUCUGACUUGCGAGUAAAAUAUUUAGGUACGAUCACUGAGCAACAAGCAGCAGAUUGUGAACAAUUUUCAUAAAACGAGGCUUAAUGCUGUUUAAUGCCACUCUGUUGAAGUUUACUGUCAAACCAAACAUAAAACAAAGGGAAUUACACAUUUUGCAUUUAAAACAACAGUAGUGCUUUGCCUUCAAGUCUGCUAGCUUAAAGCUAACACAUAAUGGACAGGCUAACGAAUAGCAUUUUUGUCGCGUUGUUAUAACGCUUCAAGCAAUUGAUAUUUGAAAACAGACAGUGCAGCUACAAAUGUAUACAAGACAAUAUAACAGCACUCACAGGCAUAAAAUGACUAGUAGUCAUGCAGCUUACCUAGUCACCUAGAGUAUUAAAUUACUGCCUCCCACUGGAUGAGUCACACCACCAGUCCAAUAAUGACCCACAAACUGUUUGAUUCUUUACUCUAUUUAUGUUAUUACUGUUUUGAUAAAGUACAAUAUGAUAUUCUGUUUUUCUUAUUAAAACACAUUAUACAUAUUUUGUUGUUUUUGGGUGGAGGCUGGAGCGGGUUGAUGGCAUUUCCAUUCAUGUCAGAGGGGAAAGAUGAUGUGAGGUAUGAGUGUUUUGAGUUAUGAGCAUGGUCAAGGAAUGGAAAAAAACUAAGUAAGUAAUAUAACUAAGUAUCUCAAGGCUCCACUGUACACGAGUAAGUUGGAAACUCAAGAACUGCACGCUUACCACUUUCCAAAUCUGCCUACUGUAGAUGCAGGGUUUCAUUUGUGCUGUGAAGAAAAACAAAGGUGACUGAAUUGUUUUCAAGAAGUAAACAAAAGGCAUUUUCAUGUCCUAUGUCAUGCUUCUGUUGUGGUGAAAAAGAACCUAACUCAAGUCAGCUGCUCCCAUCUGUCACACUGUAUUCCUCAUUUCUAAAUGUUGCUCUAAACAUCCCAUUUUGAAAUGCCAAGAGAAUGUAUGUAAUGUAUGUGUAUUUAUGAUUUAAUGUAUUUGUAUUUAGUUGGGGACACGUGAAUUGAUUUCAACUAUUAAUAUAUUAAGACAUUUGCACUUUGGUUGUAAUAUGUAAAUGCAGUCAUUCAAAAUAAACUGUUUAGCUGACCUUUAA